CCCUCCCCGCGCCGCUCGCAGCCGCAGCCCCCGGACCCGGAGGAAUGAGCGAGCCAUGAGGCUGCUGCGGCGCUGGGCGUUCGCGGCUCUGCUGCUGCCGCUGCUCCCCCCGCCCGGUCUUGGGACCCAAGGUCCUGCUGGAGCUCUGCGAUGGGGGGGCUUACCCCAGCUGGGAGGCCCAGGAGCCCCUGAGGUCACGGAACCCAGCCGUCUGGUUAGGGAGAGCUCCGGGGGAGAGGUCCGAAAGCAGCAGCUGGACACCAGGGUCCGCCAGGAGCCACCAGGGGGCCCGCCUGUCCAUCUGGCCCAGGUGAGUUUCGUCAUCCCAGCCUUCAACUCAAACUUCACCCUGGACCUGGAGCUGAACCACCACCUCCUCUCCUCGCAAUACGUGGAGCGCCACUUCAGCCGGGAGGGGACAACCCAGCACAGCACCGGGGCUGGAGACCACUGCUACUACCAGGGGAAGCUCCGGGGGAACCCGCACUCCUUCGCCGCCCUCUCCACCUGCCAGGGGCUGCAUGGGGUCUUCUCUGAUGGGAACUUGACUUACAUCGUGGAGCCCCAAGAGGUGGCUGGACCUUGGGGAGCCCCUCAGGGACCCCUUCCCCACCUCAUUUACCGGACCCCUCUCCUCCCAGAUCCCCUCGGAUGCAGGGAACCAGGCUGCCUGUUUGCUGUGCCUGCCCAGUCGGCUCCUCCAAACCGGCCGAGGCUGAGAAGGAAAAGGCAGGUCCGCCGGGGCCACCCUACAGUGCACAGUGAAACCAAGUAUGUGGAGCUAAUUGUGAUCAACGACCACCAGCUGUUCGAGCAGAUGCGACAGUCGGUGGUCCUCACCAGCAACUUUGCCAAGUCCGUGGUGAACCUGGCCGAUGUGAUAUACAAGGAGCAGCUCAACACUCGCAUCGUCCUGGUUGCCAUGGAAACAUGGGCAGAUGGGGACAAGAUCCAGGUGCAGGAUGACCUCCUGGAGACCCUGGCCCGGCUCAUGGUCUACCGACGGGAGGGUCUGCCUGAGCCCAGUGAUGCCACCCACCUCUUCUCGGGCAGGACCUUCCAGAGCACGAGCAGCGGGGCAGCCUACGUGGGGGGCAUAUGCUCCCUGUCCCACGGCGGGGGUGUGAACGAGUACGGCAACAUGGGGGCGAUGGCCGUGACCCUUGCCCAGACGCUGGGACAGAACCUGGGCAUGAUGUGGAACAAACACCGGAGCUCGGCAGGGGACUGCAAGUGUCCAGACAUCUGGCUGGGAUGCAUCAUGGAGGACACUGGGUUCUACCUGCCCCGCAAGUUCUCGCGCUGCAGCAUCGACGAGUACAACCAGUUUCUGCAGGAGGGUGGUGGCAGCUGCCUCUUCAACAAGCCCCUCAAGCUCCUGGACCCCCCAGAGUGCGGGAACGGCUUCGUGGAGGCAGGGGAGGAGUGCGACUGCGGCUCGGUGCAGGAGUGCAGCCGCGCAGGUGGCAACUGCUGCAAGAAAUGCACCCUGACUCACGACGCCAUGUGCAGCGACGGGCUCUGCUGUCGCCGCUGCAAGUACGAACCACGGGGUGUGUCCUGCCGAGAGGCCGUGAACGAGUGCGACAUCGCGGAGACCUGCACCGGGGACUCUAGCCAGUGCCCACCUAACCUGCACAAGCUGGACGGUUACUACUGUGACCAUGAGCAGGGCCGCUGCUACGGAGGUCGCUGCAAAACCCGGGACCGGCAGUGCCAGGUUCUUUGGGGCCAUGCGGCUGCUGAUCGCUUCUGCUACGAGAAGCUGAAUGUGGAGGGGACGGAGCGUGGGAGCUGUGGGCGCAAGGGAUCCGGCUGGGUCCAGUGCAGUAAGCAGGACGUGCUGUGUGGCUUCCUCCUCUGUGUCAACAUCUCUGGAGCUCCUCGGCUAGGGGACCUGGUGGGAGACAUCAGUAGUGUCACCUUCUACCACCAGGGCAAGGAGCUGGACUGCAGGGGAGGCCACGUGCAGCUGGCGGACGGCUCUGACCUGAGCUAUGUGGAGGAUGGCACAGCCUGCGGGCCUAACAUGUUGUGCCUGGACCAUCGCUGCCUGCCAGCUUCUGCCUUCAACUUCAGCACCUGCCCUGGCAGUGGGGAGCGCCGGAUUUGCUCCCACCACGGGGUCUGCAGCAAUGAAGGGAAGUGCAUCUGUCAGCCAGACUGGACAGGCAAAGACUGCAGUAUCCAUAACCCCCUGCCCACGUCCCCACCCACGGGGGAGACGGAGAGAUAUAAAGGUCCCAGCGGCACCAACAUCAUCAUUGGCUCCAUCGCUGGGGCUGUCCUGGUUGCAGCCAUCGUCCUGGGCGGCACGGGCUGGGGAUUUAAAAACAUUCGCCGAGGAAGGUACGACCCGACCCAGCAGGGGGCAGUGUGAUGCCGGCCACGUCAUCCCUCCCGCUGUCCUUGUCUCCUCCAUCUCAUUCGUCACCCCGCGUUCUGUUGAUGGGGAGCGGGGGCUGAUUCCCCCACCCCUGCUGCCAGACUGUCCCGGCAGGGGUGGGAGAGCCUCGCUCGGGGAAGAAGGUCCCAGCUGCCCUCGCCCUCGCCCACUCAGGCCACGUCCUUCUCGACUGCCCUGCUGCGGCCAGGCCCUCCCCUGCCACCAGGUGGAACUGGAGCUGCGCCCCUGGCAGUCCCCAUCCCCGGGAGGGCCCUCCCUGUGCGUCCCAUCUGUUUUGUCUUCCAUAUCACCACUGUCUGACCUCCCGCAGAUCCCUUCCCUGGCCAGCCUGUGACUUGCCACCUGCCUCCAGGGCCCAGCACUGAGCUCCAGGGCCCUGCUGGGGGGCUCUCCCUGUGGCCCCUGCUCACAUCCUCCCCUGAUGCCCCCUCUCCGUUCCAGGUCCGGAGGGGCCUAAGUGCCACCCUCCUCCCUCCAAGCCUGGCACCCACCGUCUCGGCCCUGAACCACGAGGCUGCCCCCAUCCAGCCACGGAGGGAGGCACCAUGCAAAUGUCUUCCAGGUCCAAACCCUUCAACUCCUGGCUCCGCAGGGGUUUGGGUGGGGGCUGUGGCCCUGCCCUUGGCACCACCAGGGUGGACCAGGCCUGGAGGGCACUUCCUCCACAGUCCCCCACCCACCUCCUGCGGCUCAGCCUUGCACACCCACUGCCCCAUGUGAAUGUAGCUUCCACCUCAUGGAUUGCCACAGCUCAACUCGGGGGGGCCUGGAGGGAUGCCCCCAGGCAGCCACCAGUGGACCUAGCCUGGAUGGCCCCUCCUUGCAACCAGGCAGCUGAGACCAGGGUCUUACCUCUCUGGGACCUAGGGGGACAGGGCUGACAUCUACAUUUUUUAAAACUGAAUCUUAAUCGAUGAAUGUAAACUCGGGGGUGCUGGGGCCAGGGCAGAUGUGGGAAUGUUUUGACAUUUACAGGAGGGCCCGGAGAAACUGAGGUGUGGCCCAUCCCCCAGACCCUCCCCAAGGAUGACCACACCCGAAGUCCUGUCACUGAGCACAGGCAGGGGCUGGGCAUCCCAGCUUGCCCCCGCUUAGCCCCGCUGAGCUUGGAGGAAGUAUGAGUGCUGAUUCAAACCAAAGCUGCCUGUGCCAUGCCCAAGGCCUAGGUUAUGGGUAUGGCAACCACAUGUCCCAGAUCGUCUCCAAUUCUAAAAUGACCGUCCUGCUGUCCCUGUCAGGACACAUGGAUUUUGGGGGGGGGGGGUUCUAGAAAAUAUAGUUCCUAUAAUAAAAUGGCACCUUCCCCCUUUCAAGAAGGGUGAUUCUGGGGCCGACUCAGGGUUUAGGUGCCCCCUGGUGUGGCCUAGAUGUCCCCACCUGGGCCAUCUUUCUGGGGAGGACUCUCCCAGGUAGGGAAGGCCAGAGGUGGCCCAGUGCCUGGAGGGUUAGGGUCUCUGCCUGGGAUGUGCAAGAGGAAGUAGGAAAGGGAGGUCUCAUGGAUGAUCCUAGGCUGCUAGAAGUCCUUAAGGCCCCAUCUAGUCCAUUCCACUCCCUACCCCCAUUCCAGAGCCGAGUAGUAAGUUUACAGAUGUUUCCCCCAUUACAUGCCCCCACCCAUCCCUGCUGCAGCGAGCCUGAGAGCCAGGCAGAGCCAGGCACAGCUCCUCAGUCUUCUCACACAGUCCUGCCAGUGGCCUUCCCUCAUGACGCUUGCUUGGGAGGGUGGAGCACUGGCUCCUUGACCCUAAAAGGUAGCUGGCAGGGGCAAGAUGGGGGCCAGCUACCUAAUGGAUGAAAGGCACAAGUGAAUACAGUUCUUGUCACCAGGGUUGCCCUGCCCUCACUCGGCAGGGAGUUCUGACACCCCAGGGCCCGUGAGCUACCUGCUUGAGCCCCUGUUUCCGGGGCACCUUCGAGGAGGCGUUGUGGAGGGCAUCGCUCCCUGUUUAUUCACACCACCCUCAGGGGCAAACAGGCCUGGGACCCGCUGACACCAUUUUGGGUAGCUGGAUGCACCCAACAGCAGUGGGGUCCACAGACUGAGCUCCAGCUGGCACUGCCCACUCAAGGGCUGAGUGGAGGGGCCCCUCCGGCCAGCUCUGCUCCACCAGCCCUGCAAGCUGAUGUGGGGCGGGGGAAGGGCUGGGUGUUGCACUAUUGCUGCACUGCCUUAAGGCAUCUGUCCUCUGGUGGUGCACCCGUGCACACAGGUACAGUGCAUCUGGGCACAGCUUUUGGAUCCACACCUCUGCACAAGUGUGAAUACCUCUGCACAUAUGGGCGUAUCUGUGUGUGCUCGUGUAUAUGGGGUGGGGAACAUGAGACUUCCUGUGACCAGUCCACCCUGGCUCCCAGCUGUCUGUAUCCUCCUGCCCCGCCCUGGCGAAUGCCUACCCUGGCAGAACCCAGGGAGGAGUGGAGGCUGCCUCUGCCUGGGCCUCCACACAGCAUCCUGUACAUACGCCACCUGGGCUGGGGGUGGGGAGGCAGGGCCAGGAGCAUCGAUUAAAGAUCACAUCCUGGGGCUUCCAGGGAGCUCACACCAA